GAAAGGGGGCGGGGUUGAUUGCACCAAACGGGGGGCGACUUCAGACUUGCGUGCGCUUGUGCGGAUAUAGCACCGCGCUCUUCGCUUCGCGUCACUACCGACCCCCCCUACGCUUUUGUCUACACCUCCUUCUCUAGCUCCCCAAGACUCGCUCUCCCCUCCUCAGUUCUCCGACACCGCAGAGAGCGAAACAAUCAUGCAGUUCUACCCUCCGACCGGCGGAGGAGCCAUGAGACCCGGGCUCGAGUACGGCUACUCGGCCGCCGCCGCAAACCAGCGCAUGAACUGGCCGCCAGCUCUGCAUCCCUCCGCCGCCUGGCCAUACGACUACGCGGCGUAUUCAGCCGCGGCAGCCUACCCUGCGACCGGAACCGGGGCCUCCAGCCCGUCGGCGUACCACCUCACCUCCCCGACGGGCCUGUCUCCACACCACCAGCACCAACAGCAGGGUUCCUCCACGGACCAGAACGGAGCGACGCGGCACAACAUUGCCGACAUCCUGGGCGGACAGGCAGACAACCUCCAGAGCGAGAUCGCCAAAACGGGUGGCGCCGGCUACCAGAAGUCUCCGACCACUAGCACGGCAGCCAACAUGUUCUCUCCGACUUCGGCCACCCCGGAGCAUGUCCGUUCUCCUACCACUCCGACUCACCCGCACAGCAUGAUUUACCAUCAUCCAGGCGAGGUCCCCGCAAACUUCUACAUCCCAGCAGCCUUACCGCGCGGCAUUCCAAUUGGAUACGAUCCCCACAUGGGUGACCGUCUGCAUGACGGCGGAAUGGGCCACCCCCCUGGACUCAUCUACACCCCACCCCCUCACCCCAUCACCCCAAUCUCCCCCGACACCUUCUCUCCGAAGUCCUCCGAGGGCGAGGGAGACAAGUCGGCCAACGGAAAAGACAAGAAAGACUCCAAGAAGGGCCGAGCCACGUUCUCCGGAGACCAGAUCGGAGAACUGGAGAAGGCUUUCAACGCGACCCAGUACCUCACCACGGCGGAGCGCUCCCGGCUCGCCGACAGACUCAACCUCUCCGAGAGCCAGGUGAAGAUAUGGUUCCAGAACCGACGCACAAAGUGUCGGCGGACGGCUUGGAAGAAAAACUGAUGCACCUCUCUGGCUCCUCUCGUCUCUCUCUCUCUCUCUCUCUCACUUUCUGACCACCUUCUCUUACUCACCCUGGUCAUACAUGUUGUGCACAAAUGUAAGAAGCAAGCACCUUAUUCCUAUACUGUCACUGUAUCAUAGUUGUAUCGUUUCGUUUUUCUGACUCUUUUAUACUUCGUCAAUCUCCCACCAAGACAUCAUUGUGUUUUUUUGACCGUCAUGAUGUGUCGCUUAGAGUUUAUUUAAUCUUCGCUUUUGCCCUCUGUCUUUCUCUCUAAACAAUUGGUCUCCUCACUCUUGUAUCCCAUUUAUUGAGGCAGGUAUCUUAUAGAAUCUUAUAGCUAUUUCUCUUCACUGUGUCUUUUUACUGUGUUACAUAAUUAUACAACUGACUUCUAAUUGAAGAUUUUAAUAAGUGACUCAAUUAUUUUAUAUUAAUAACUGACUCGAUGAUAAUAAUGAUAAUAGUAUUAAUGGGUAGUAUUAUACAGCACUAAAAGUACAUCAUGUGAACUAUAAUUUUUACACAGAGAUGCACACAAAGAACUUGUAAGUGAUAUUAUUGCACAUUGGUGUGUAGCUAGUGGGCUAAGGGUUUAAAAAUCACUGAUACUAAUCGACUGAGAAAUGGUUAAAAUCACACUGAACUGGGUAGAGUUUCUGUCAUGGCUCCAGGUCAAUAUUAUAGUGGUUUGACUAUGGAAGAGGGCGUGUCCACUCGGUGCCGGUAGUGAAGUGCAGCUGCUGCAGUGCAGUGUUGGGCAUGGUAAUGCUCACCCCACCUGCUCUUGUCCCGCCCUGCUGGGUGUUGGGCAUGGUAGAGCAGUCGGCGGUGAAAUAGGAGUGGUGGUGGUGAUGGUGAUGACCGUUAUUGGUGGCAGUUGGAUGGUGGUACGGAGAAGGGGAGGAGGAGGUGGUGGAGGAGGGGGGAGGUGUGAGGACUCUGGCCGCGGCAGCAGCUGCUGCGUUGGAGAAGUACGAGG